UUUCCUUCAUUAGUAAAGAGCGCCCUUUUUGAUAAAGUUAGGAGUACAUACAUUGGUCCUUAGCGAACCGGAUGUACUGUGGGCCUUAAGUGUUAUAGUAGUGCUUCCUGCAUCAAGUGGCAACGGAUUGUUGUCGAGGGUGCAGUCUCCGAGGGCGGCAGCGGAUUGGAGCAGUCGACGGAGUCAGCAGCGCCGUGACCCUGAGUGACGUCACGGUGAUCAACUUGGCGGGAAGAUUCAACUGAGGUUCAAGUACUAGUGAAGUAAAAGUGUAAGAAGAUUAUAAACUGUGAGUACAUUUGUGUUUUAUCUGUGCAAAGUGUCAUUAUUUGGAAAGUAGAACUGUCAAGUGUCAAAUUUGGACUUAGUAAAAAUCAUAGACUGAAGUAGAAAUUUUCAAAGUGUUUAGGACUUAGAAUAAUUUAGGAAAAAGUGAACCGACGGGGAACCUAUGCCCGAUUUCAUAUCGAGGUACAUCAGCCAAACACUUAGAAAAUUUCAGAGCAAAAAAACACUUGUGAUUUUUUCAAGAUUUGCUAUACUGGGGACUUAGCAGAUUUACGAGCAACUAAAUUGGGACUUUGAAAAUUCAUGAUUAGUUUUGUUGGGACUUGUAAUUUUUCAAGAUGAGUAGUAAAAUGGAAGCUAGUAUCAAUUUUCAAGCGGAUCUAAGUAUUCGCAUUACUAAAGCGUAUACUAACUACAAAAAGUCACCGAAGGAGCGGAUUACCAUCUCAUACGUAGAAACCAGGCUCGAAAACUUAGAGCAACUAUGGGAACAGUUUUCACGUAUGCAUAUGCAGAUACUGAUGUUGCCAGAGCAAGAUGUGCUACAAGACACUGCAUACAUGAAGGACGAUGUGUAUGAUGCGACCAACGAGUUAUACAUGGAUUACAAAUGCGGGCUUAAGAACGCUAUGAGCAAGUUAACGGCAACACUCAGCAAUACUAGUCCCAUGUUGUCAACUACAGCAUCAACGUCAAAAUCGAGUCAUGUGAAGCUCCCUAAGAUCACGAUUCCUACUUUCUCGGGAAAGUAUGAGGAGUGGAUGGGAUUCCGGGAUUUGUUCAUUUCACUCAUCCACAAAAAUCAGGACAUCGAUGACAUCCAGAAGCUUCACUACCUCAAGGCGCAUUUGACAGGCGAAGCGGAGCAACUUCUUAGACACAUACCCAUUUCUAGUGAAAGUUAUGACCAGUGUUGGACCCAGUUAGAGAGUCGCUAUAAUAACAAGCAAUAUUUGGCGAAUUGCAUUUUAAAGAGAUUUUUUGGACAAAAGACUCUUCUGACUGAGUCUGCCACUGACAUAAAGCAUAUGUUAGAUUGUACCACAGAAACAUUGAACGCAUUGUCUAGUCUCAAAAUUGAUACAAGCACUUGGGAUAUUAUUAUCAUUUACAUUGUCAGUCAUAAAUUGGAUCCAGAAAGUCGGAAAAACUGGGAAUGUAAAGUAAGCGAAUCUGUAUCUCUGUCUGAACAGUUACCGACACUGGAACAAUUUAAGGACUUUUUGCAAACGCGAUACCAUUCUUUGGAGUUUUUGGAGCCAAAACCGGGAUUUGCCCAAAAACCUAAAUAUGUGAAUAACAAUUACAAGGGUUUCAAUCAGGUCAAGGGCAAUCAAGUGCAAAAGGUUAAUAAUUUGCUUGUCACUAACAAUGUCUCAUGUAAUUAUUGUAAAGGUGACCACCGUAUAAUACAUUGCAAAGAUUUCAAUGCUUUAGAUAUCGAUGUUAAGCGUAAUUUUGUUCAAACCAACGGGAUGUGUUUCAACUGUUUGGGUAAUAAUCACUCUGCCAGAUACUGCAAACUGACAACAAACUGUCAAAUUUGUAACAGGCGACAUCACUCGCUGUUACAUCAAAAGGGAGACACGAAAGCUAAUGAAGGUAAGGAGCCAUCAGCUGGUCAAGCUGUGGCACAAGUUCAUACACAACAAGUCACAAAGUCAAUGGGAGAACCUACACCGGGAACCAGUGUUUCAAAUCACUUCGUGAAUGAAGUCUCACAGCAAGGGUUGCUGGCUACCGCGGUGGUAAAAGCCAAAACAUGGGAACAAGAAGAAUAUCAUCUAUUAAGGGCACUAAUAGAUCCGGGCUCAGAAAUCUCAUUUAUUACCUCAGCUGCAGUUCAGUUACUCGGGUUAAAACAAACUCCAGCUAAGGUUUCAGUGUCAGGAUUGAGAGGAGAGCUGAUUACAGAGCUUAAGUCUACGGUUCAAGUUACAAUCGCAUCACGCUCUAACACUAGCAACGCCAUUGAGGUCACAGCAUACGUGGUUGACAAAGUAACCUCGAACCAACCAUCUGCGAAAGUAUCUAUUACCUCAUGGCCUGAGUUACAAAGUGUUGAGCUCGCAGAUCCUGACUAUCACACUCCAAAUAAAAUAGAUAUGUUGUUGGGAGCAAAGGUCUAUGCUCGGAUCAUUCAACCAGGUUUAUUCAAAUCUCCCCAGGAGACUACGGUGGCACAAAAGACGUCUCUGGGAUGGAUUUUAAGUGGUGAAGCAGGUUUACAGGCCAACAUCUCCUGCAAGCUGGUUAGCAUGCACAUUCAGGUGGAACAGUUGCUGAGGUCCUUUUGGGAACUUGAAUCAGAACCUAGCAACAAAGAACGGAUUUUAACACCUGAAGAACAAAGAUGUGAGGAGAUAUAUGAGGCAACUACUACACGGGAUGAGAACGGCCGAUACGUUGUUAGAUUACCGUUCAGGGAUGAGCAACCAGCCUGUGUAGAUGGUGGGUCCAGAGAGAUAGCGUUGCGAAGAUUUCAUUCUCUGGAAAGGAAGCUUCAAACCGAUGAGCGCCUGCAAACAGAAUACACAAAAGUGUUCCAUGAAUAUCGGGAUUUAAAUCACAUGGAACAUUUAUCAGAGCAAGAAUCUAAGGAAAAGGGACUGUACUUACCUUUCCAUGCUGUUGUGCGUGAGGAACGGGAAACUACUAAGGUUCGUAUAGUUUUUGACGCUUCUUGCAAGGGCACGAACGGGGUGUCCUUAAACAGUGACCUUAUGGUGGGUCCUACAUUGCAGUCAGAGUUGAGGCACAUAAUCAUGCGUUGGCGAAUGCAUCCAGUUGUCUUCAUUGCUGACAUCGUUAAGAUGUACCGGCAAAUACUAGUAGAUGAAAGAGACACAAAGUACCAACGCAUCCUGUGGAGGGAGAAUAAUACCCAAAAAGUCAAAGAAUAUAAGUUAAACAGAGUUACUUUUGGGGUUUCAUCAGCUCCUUACCUUGCUGUUAAAAGUCUGAUUCAAGUCGCCUUGGAUGAAGGUGCAGAUUUCCCUCUUGCAGCUAAUCGGGUACGUGAGGAUUUCUACAUGGACGACCUGAUGACAGGUUGUCAAACCGAGCAAGAGGCAAUAGAGAUCUACCACCAGAUGAAGACGAUAUUAAACAAAGGAGGCUUUGAACUUCAAAAAUGGUCAAGCAAUAGUAAAGCUAUGUUAGAAGAAAUUCGAGAAAGCACAGCAGGGAAAGAAGAGCAUAAGAAAAUAGAGAUGAAGCAAGAAGCGGUAAAUAAAAUAUUAGGACUUACCUGGGAUCGAAAUCGGGACGAAUUUGCUUAUACAGUUCAGCUACCUCCACCAACAGCACCUGUAACUAAAAGAAAGGUUACAUCAGACAUUGCUAAACUAUAUGAUCCUCUUGGAUGGAUAGCUCCAAGCAUAGUUAAAGCAAAAAUGUUCAUUCAAAAGCUUUGGCUGGCAGGCAUCGAGUGGGAUCAAGAGCUACCGUCUCCGUUGCUUGAAGAAUGGUUGUGCUAUAGGGAAGAAUUGUCACAGCUCACCAGAUUCAGACUUCCUCGCUGGACAAAUCACCAAUCUAAUGUCAGGUUGGUUGAACUGCAUGGUUUUAGUGACGCGUCAAAUGCUGCAUAUGCCGCGGUGGUGUAUUUACGCGUUGUUGACGCAGAAGGGUCAAUACACGUCAGUCUGGUGACAUGCAAAACAAAGGUUUCGCCAAUAAAGCAGAUUUCAACUCCUCGACUGGAAUUAUGCGGGGCGGUAUUAUUAGCUAAAUUAUUGGUUGAAGUUUCAAAUGUGUUGGAUGUGGAGAAAUCUAAUAUUCAUGCGUGGACAGACUCUGAAGUGGUAUUGGCGUGGUUGAGCAGUCACCCAAGCAGAUGGAAGACUUUUAUAGGGAACAGAUGUUCAGAGAUCUUGACAACCACCAGUCGAAGUCAAUGGUCACACGUAAAAUCAGAACAUAACCCGGCUGAUUGUGCUUCAAGAGGGAUCUCAGCAUCUGAAUUGAGUAACUUUGAACUCUGGUUAUCUGGACCUGCUUGGCUGAAACAAGAAGUGAUUAACUACGGAGUAUCAAAAACAAUGAAUACACAGUUAGAAGAAAGAAAGGUACAUACUCACCUGGAAACUGUGGUAUCUGAAUCGGACGGUGAAGAUCCUAUGUGGUCGAAGUAUUCUUCACUCACCAAGUUGUUGAGAGUUGUUGCAUACUGCCGAAGAUUCCUGAAAAAUAAAAGAAAAAAUCAUACCUACCUGCUGAAAAGUGAAUUAGACGAAGCUUUAGCAAUUAUGGUAAAAAAGGUUCAAGAACAAGCUUAUGCUGAAGAAAUAGAAGAAAUGAAAAAAGGUAAACUAAAGAAGAAAAGUCAACUUACCUCGUUUACUCCACAAGUCGAUGCUUUUGGAAUAAUUCGUGUUGGUGGGCGGCUCCAGAGUGCAGACAUAGCAUAUGAUCAAAAACAUCCAAUGUUGUUGCCGAAAUCAGCUUGGUUGACUCAGUUAAUUCUUCGAGAUGCGCAUUUUAAAACGUUGCAUGGAGGAGCACCGCUAAUGGUCAACUACAUUAGGUCCAAGUUUUGUAUACCAGGCCUUAAGAACUUAGCUAAAACACAUGUCAAGAAAUGUAUUCCAUGUGUUCGGAAUGCAGCCAACAUUCGGAACCAAUUGAUGGGGCAGCUACCCUCGCCUAGGGUUAAUAUGGCAAGGCCGUUUGUUCGUAGUGGAGUAGAUUACGCCGGGCCAAUCAAUAUACGUGUUUCAAAAGGUAGGGGAAACAAAUCAUACAAAGGGUAUAUUUGCCUAUUUGUAUGCAUGGCUACCAAAGCCGUGCACAUAGAAGCAGUUAGUGAACUGUCAACAGCUGGCUUCCUUGCUGCCUUCAAGAGGUUUGUAGCGAGGCGAGGUUACUGUAGCGACCUCUACAGUGAUAACGGGUCUAAUUUCGUGGGUGCAGCUAAGGAACUCCAGUAUCUGUUUAAUGCGGAAAAGUCAAGUUUAGUUCCUGAGCUAGCUGACUGGAUGGCCUCUAACGGAACUCAAUGGCAUUUUAUACCUCCUUACGCCCCCAACUUUGGAGGACUUUGGGAGGCGGGAAUAAAAUCCUGUAAAUUCCAUCUCAAACGCGUUAUUGGGAAUGCUACACUCACUUUUGAAGAGAUAAGUACGAUCCUAUCGCAGAUUGAGGCGUGCUUAAAUUCGAGGCCAUUGUGGCGCAUUGAUGACAACGGGGAAUCGCUACCAUUAACACCGGGUCAUUUCCUGAUAGGAGAACCUCUGGUAGUCGCACCAGAUCAGCGUUAUGAUCAAGUGCCGGUCUCGUCAUUACGUAGAUGGCAGUUAUGUCAACGUAUGAUGCAGGAUUUCUGGCGGCGCUGGUCUCAAGAGUAUUUAAACCAGUUCCUUCAAAGACACAAGUGGACUCAGCAAACUCCAGAACCCAAGGUAGGCGAUGUAGUUCUGGUAAAAGAGCCUGAUUUGCCGCCGGCUAAAUGGCUUCUUGGCCAAGUGGUUGAAACGCAUCCAGGUUUGGACAGGGUAACGCGAGUAGUUACUCUUAGAUGUAAGAAUAGUCUUAUAAAAAGACCCACUUCAAGAAUUUGUGUUUUGCCAUUGGCUGAUUAA